AUGGUCGUUGGAGCAGCCGGAGUUCGGUUGGUAACAGCAGUACUUCCACAAGCCCGCAGCCUCGCUCGACACGCAGCCAAGCCUGUGGCUGUGUGUGAAGGGAGAGAUUACCUCGAGGACGGACAUGACGGCGACGGGUUGUCAUGGUACCUCUCGCUUGUCGGUGCUGCGUUCGUUGGCUUCGGACUAGCUUACGUCAUGCAGAAGAUGGACUACCGCAGGGUGCUCUUCUGUGUCGAUCAGUACGUCUCAAGGACGGCAAUGAAGUUGCGGUCGCUGUUUGAUCGCAGCUCUUGGAAGCAGAAGCCUCUGCUGGCAGCUUCAUCCAGCAGCGUGACUGGCAGCAGCCGCAGCAUCAAAGAGAAGAAGAGGGGAGCAAGAGACUCGGCGGCCUUCAGCUACGUAAAGCAGGGGAACGACAGGAUGUCAGUCGAACUCUGCCUUGGCUGUGUUGAGACGAACCGGCUGCUGCGAAAGAUUGCGAAGGACUCGGGGACGAGCUACGACACCUUUGAGCCAUGCAACUUGUGCAGGGAGCGAGUGGCAAGGCUCGCAUCGAUGAAGCAGACAUGA